ACGCGUAGAAAAUUAGCACUGGGUGAUUUAACCAAAAUUACGUGUUUAUGUUUUCGUAAACGAAAACUACAUUUUCAAGAAAAUAGUUUCAUAUUUUUGCAUAUAAAUACAAUUUGUCAGUGCAACUCUUUCAUAGAGAGGAAGUCACCUGUGCCACCUGGCUGUGCUGCGACAAGAACAAAAGUUUUCGGGAAACACAAUUCCUCCGCAAAUUCUUCCCACGCACAUUCAUGAAACUAUCCGCAAAAAUAAUGGAACAAGGACUUCUGACGUCGAAAUUCCGCGGGACACUGCAAGGAGCACUCAUUGGGGACUGCUGUGGAUCGCCGUAUGAAGGAGAACCAAUGGAGGAUGGCACAAAAAUUGUACUCAGAAAGUUUCUGCAGAAACUCUCCGGACCGUACUUCACAGCCCCCUACAAACCCUACACGGAUGACACGGCUAUGACCAUUUCCGUGGCAGAAGAGCUCAUUGAGAAUAAGGGCGUGGACCAAACUAGGCUGGCACGACGUUUUGUUCAGCGCUACUUUGCAGCCCCCAAUCGAGGCUACGGCGGCGGAGCCAUGGAGCUCUUUGCAAAACUCCGUAGCUCUCGAUUUGAGAACAUCACCCAACUGGCGAGGAAUCAAUUUGGAGGCAGAGGAUCAUUUGGCAAUGGGGCUGCAAUGAGGGUGUCACCAGUACCACUAUUCUGCGUUGGCAAUGAAUCAGAGAUGGUGGAAUUGGUGAAGAAACAAGCAGAGAUCACACACAGCCACAAGCUGGGUAUCAAUGGAGCCAUUCUGCAGGCACUGGCCAUUCAUCAGAGUCUCAAUCUCAAUCCCAUGAAACCCAUUGAUACGCAGCAAUUUGUGGAGGAUCUCAUAAGGAAAAUGAAGUCAGUGGAAAAGGAUGAAGAUGACAUUGAGACGAGAAAUCCUGAACCAUACCACGAUCAAUUGAAGGAGAUCACCAGCCUCUUGGGGAAGACAGAGCCCAGCGAUGAGGCCGUCCUCAAUGGACUCGGCCACAGCGUUGCGGCUCUCUAUUCCGUCCCAACUGCCAUCUACUGUUUCCUCCGCAGUCUCUCAGAAAUUGAGAGUAUCCCCGCGGAGAAUCCCUUCAUGCGCUGCCUGGAGUACUCCAUCUCUCUAGGCGGUGACACAGACACCAUCGCCAGCAUGGCAUGUGCAAUCUCUGGCGCCUUCUACGGUGAAUCCAUCAUCCCGGCCUCACUACUCAAGCACUGCGAGGCCUCCGAAGAGAUUACCGGCCUCGCGGAUGCCCUCAAUAAGGCUAUCCGCGAGUAGCAUCCUCUGUGCCUUCUGGGUACUCCGAAUGUGUGAGUACUCUCUUCCUCCUCCGGCAGUAGAUGCCACAGAAUGCCACCAAUGUAGUUGGGAUUGUGUGUGUGUCCAGUAGGAGCAUCGUGAUGACUGUUGGUACAUUUUAAGAUGUUGACAUUGCUAAGGAAGAAUAAAGGAACUGUUGUCUUAUAAA